AUGGCCGCGACCGUCGCUAUGGAGACAGAUGAUGCUGGAAAUCGACCGUGGUUUCAGUUGCAGUUGGAAUUUGUACAGUGUUUAGCCAACCCAAAUUACCUUAACUGUACCCCUCAGUGUUUACACAUGUUAGAACUGCUCCAGUACAAACACUUCUGCAAGGAGCUGGUGAAAGCUCAGUGUGUGAAAUUUAUUGAUGAGCAGCAAAUUCUGCACUGGCAGCACUAUUCCUGGAAGCAGAUGUGCCUUCAGCAAGCCCUGGCGGAGCAGCAACAGCAGAAUAACACAUCAGGAAAAUAA